CACGCCGACACCCAAAAUGCGGCCUCGCUCACUAAAAACCCUAACAUAACGGUUGAUACAUGUGCAGCGAGCAUUACAACCUCAGCAAUCAACCUCCGUCAAGAACAAACAACCCCAGUCUCCCAUGGCACAACCCCAUACAUCAAAUCCGCCCACAGAUUUUGGCCGAAAUCGAAGCAUCUACAUCCGACAGACGUUCGUAGAUCAGAGAAGAGAACGAAGCGACCUUGAUACGCAAAAUGAGCCACCGUCCGCAACCUACACCCGAGGUCUCCACGGUCAUAUCUCAGAGACUGAGUGGGAUCUGAUCUGGAAAUGUUUCUUUUCACCCAAUCAAACCUAUUCCCUGAGAUGCAAACUGGAAGUGAAUAAGGAAGAACCUGGGAGCUUUCAAAGAGGAAGAACAAUUUUACUUACACCGGAACAUUAGCUCUAGUUCACCGAAGCGUGAAUCAGAAUCUGAGUUGAAAUUGGCGGAUUGCUUGGAUGCUUCAGAUAAUCUAUGCCUGAAGAAUUUCGUUUACAUGUAAUUUUUAUUUUUUUCGUUUUGAAAAAAUUGUAAAAAUUAGAUAUAGGGUAGAUUUAGUCUUGCUCAAGCAAAUCCGGACCAGAUAACAGGUAUGCAUCUCUACGCCUAUCUUCAUCCCAUGCAAACAUGUUUUCAUGGACAUUGGUAAAUUCAAACCACUCACGAAAACUUAAUAAUUGUUAUUUUCCAACCAAUUGUAUUUUCCCAAAAGACUGAAUUUUUAACUCUUCUCCACAGUAAUCUCUUAAAAGCAACAUUCACGCAAUCCAUUCAAACUCGGAUUUAUAUUUGUAUUAAUACCAUGCACCUUUUUUGGAAACAAAAAUAUUUUUUAUAAAACCACACAAUUUUAUAAUUCAUGUACUGAACUGCAUACUGUUUUUAACCCUCUAAUGCAUACCUAUACUUCAAGACAAUGCACAACACAUCACACACUACGGCAUGAAGAUAUUAUUGCAACCACGUCCAACCUGUUUGUGUUUAUGUUUUAUUUGCCUGCUGUGAGCUGUGGAGAAUUGUAAAGUUGGCAUGCCUGCAUUUAUAACCGUGUAAAAGGCCUCAAUCUCAAACCCAAACAGUGUCCAUUCCUGUCUCCACCAAUAAGAAUUGAUUAUUGAUCUGGGGGGAACUUAUUUUCAAAUUUUGAAUUCUGAACAGUGAUACAAAAUCAGGCCAAAUUCUCGUCCUUAUUAAACUCACUGUGGGCCCAGAAACAGGCCAAUGAAAAUUAGGUAUUGUGGGUCAAAAAUCUAGAAUAAAUCUACUCCCCACUCACUCGUUGUAUCCUAAUAAUAGGGAUGGACCCGGGCCGGGCCGGUUCCGGUUCCGGGCCGGGCCCGGGCGGGCUUUUUUUCGGGUUACAUGGGCCCGGAACCGGCCCGGGUUGAUACCGGGUCCGGGCCUAACCGGGCCGGGCCGGGCCGGGCCGGUUCCGGUUCCGGGCCGGGCCCGGGCGGGCUUUUUUUCGGGUUACAUGGGCCCGGAACCGGCCCGGGUUGAUACCGGGUCCGGGCCUAACCGGGCCGGGCCGGGCCGGGCCCGGUUCAAUGUUUUUUUUUUUUUUUUUUUUUUUUUGACUUUCUUGUUAUCUCCCUACCCCCCCCUCACCCCCACGCCCCAAACCUCCCUAAAACACCCAGCUCUACCCUAGGAAAAGAAAAAAAAUUGAAAAAACCAAAAAAAAAAAAAAAAAAUGAACCGGGCCCGGCCCGAACCGCCCGGGCCGGUUCAACAAAAACAGGGCCCGGAACCGGCCCGCCCGACCCGCCAAAACGGGCUAAAAGCCCGGAACCGGCCAACCGGGCCCGGUCCGGUUCGGGCCCGCACAGUAGCGGGCCGGUCCGGUUCCGGGCCGGUUCGGCCCGGCCCAGUCCAUCCCUACCUAAUAUACUAACCAAUCGUAAAACGCUAAGGAGAUCCAAAAAUCUGUAUGAAAUCUCAACAGUGCCCAAAGUUGCUCUAUCCAUUCAUUCCACACAAAAAAAUCUAAUGCGGGCCCCAACAUCAAAUUUACCUACUCAGCAUACACUCAGCAAACCUUUGUACACGGAGCAUAAACACAAAGGAACUGAAAGUGACGUUUUUGGGGGGGAAACUUGCCCCAAAAUCAUUUUGCUUUUAGAUUAUAAUAAUAGAUUUAAGUAAAUAUUGUCCUUCGAAAACAUUCAUUUUAGCUUUUUUUAAGUCAUAAGCUGAAAAGUAUUUUUUUAAGUUUUAGCACAGACUCCUUCAGUUAAAUAUAUUAUCAUAAAAAUUAUUUAUAUACUUCUUUUAUAAUUUAAUAUAAAUACUCAUUUAAUUUAACUAUAUACUCAUUAGGUGAUGUAUCGUGUGCAUGGUAGAGCUGAUUGUACCAUAUAAUUUACUUUUCACAUGCCCCCAGAGAAGGAGAGGAUAUAUUUUUAAUUGGACUGGUUUUAGUCAGACGAAAUUUGAUCAAAUUAUAUCAGAUCGUAUCAGAACAGAUUAGAUCAGCUCAUAUCGGGUCAAAUUUUAAUUAUAAUAAAAUACAUGAAGUACAAACAUCUAUUGAUCAGACCCCACCAAUUCAUAUCAAAUCAAACUUAAACAUAACGAACCAGACCCGACCAGAUUAGAUAAAAAAUUAACCAUAUUAGGAACAUGCUAUUAUAGUGUUGGGAUAUUGGAUCCCUACCUACUAAUUAUCCUGGAGACCCAAUACACUAGCCCGUACGGAAUUCGAUAAGGGAGACCCAUCUCAGCCCGCUAGGGCAGAAUUGCACACCAUCCUCCUUUUCCUAUAAAUAGAAAGCUUUGGAUCCCUCUUUUUCUUCUCCUUCUACUAGUCUUCUUCUUCCCUAGCAUAGAAAGCUGGUAAAACUCCAUAAAUGGGAGCCUUUGUACAAUGUAAUAAUGUUAAGAGAGAUUAAUAAAAAAGAUUGGUCUGGACAUUAGCCGAAAAGUUUGUGGCGAGUAGAAUGUAGUGAUGCUUUUAUAUCUGAUCUAUAUACAUGUGAUGAUGCGAACCCGAUGAAUUUUUUAGGUUUUACAAGACUUGAAGUGGACGUCAUGUUCUUGCUACUAGGAUGAUUAACAACCUUCAUUUCUAUCAUAUAACAAAGAUUUUAUGUUUUUAUUUAUUAAAUAAAAAUUAAAAUAUUCUUUUAAUCUAUUACUAGUAUGUGUUAACUUACUUAAGUUUGACCUUUGAUGUUUGGAGUGAUUAGAACUUCAAAUAAUUUUUCAAUGCUUGAGCUUUGAAUUUUAGAUGUUUUUAUGUGGCAGAAAGUAUAUUAUGUAGUAUUAAUUCUUAGAUGAAAAAAAUUAUUCUAUGAACCGAUAAAAGCAAGAACCAAACUCUUUAGUAACCAAAUCGAUUUCACGAGUUAAAAUUUAUAAUUUAACGCUUCCACUCAUCUUGAGUAAGAACCUAACUGGUCCCGUGUCUAUCCUAAACCAUGUUGUUCCUUUGACUAAAGUAGAUUUACAUCUGGGUUGGUCUAGGACCAUGCGUCAAGGCCAAGGGGAUUGUACUGACCAAUGCAUGCCCAGUGUGUUUGUAGUAUGGUUCUCUAACUUCUAGUUGGUUCUGUUAUUGUGGAUCCUCGUCUGAUCGAGGGGUACAAUCAAGGUGGGUGGUUUAGACUGUUUUGGUUUGCUUAUGUAUCUAUGAGUAUGUGAGCCGUGAGUGUGAGCUAUAGUACUACAUCACUCAUCACCUAUCAAGCUAUCAAUGUCAAUCUCUUUGAGUGUUUCAAACUCUAUUGAUAUCAACGUCAAUAUGUUGAGUCUCUUUUUGCGACAUACUGUUAGGUGUGUUUCGAAAAAUAAAGAAAAAAUUAAUUAAUAAAAAUUAAUUAAAUUUGGUGACUAAAGAAAAACAAGAAAAGAGAUGGAACAGAAAGUAGUCAAAGCUCGUGCUACACAUGAUUUUCUUAAAACAUAUUUGUUGCCUCCCGGGAUGCUAGGAGCGUUGCAAGAAUCAUUCACCAGGAUACGAUGACUAAUGAGCAACUGUUUAAGCACUUAAACGAUUGUUCCGGUGAACGUGAACAAAGGUAGAAUACAAAGGAAUUUUCGGAAGUAGCUGAGGUGUUUUUAGCUAUGAAAUACGCGAAGGAAGUGUAUUGUGUGUUGUAAAUUGUUGCAAACCACCAGCAACUAUUUAUAGGAGGAUUUGUGGUGUGUUAAGUGACAUUUAAU